AUGGACUACAUCCCCUUCCUCUCGGGGGGCGUCUCCUUCAACCCCCGCACCGACAUCCCCUCUUCUGCUCUCCAUGGCAAAACCAUUCUCGUGACAGGCGGCAACGCCGGCCUCGGCAAGCAAUCCAUCCUCGAAUUCGUCCGCCAGCCCGCCGCCUCUCUCCCCUCGCGCAUCUGGCUCUGCUCCCGCUCCCUCGAGCGCGCCCAAUCCGCCAUCGACGACAUCUCCGCCGCCGUCCAGUCCUCCGGCGUCAAUCCCGACUUCGACGCCUCUUCCAUCAUCAAGCCCCUCGACCUCGACCUCACCUCCUUCGACUCCAUCAAAUCCGCGGCCCGGACCGUCCUCGCCGAAAGCGACCGACUCGACAUCCUCAUGCUCAACGCCGGCAUCAUGGCCGCCGCCACCGGCGUCACCGCCGAAGGCUACGAGAUCCAGUUCGGUACCAACCACGUCGGCCACGCCUUGCUCACCAAGCUCUUGCUUCCUCUCCUGCUCAAAACCGCCCGCAGCGCCAAAGGUAAUGACCUCCCCCAGCCGGCGGACGGCACCCCUACCGCACCUCCGGACGUCCGCGUUGUUGUCUUGUCUUCUGAAGGCCAUCGUCUUCCGCCUCUUUUGGGCAUCAACUUCGCGACUUUGAAAUCCAACCAAUCCUCCAUCUUGACGUGGCAGCGCUACGGCCAAUCCAAACUCGCCAACAUCUUGUUUGGCAAACAGCUUGCUGCGCAUUAUCCGGAGGAGCUGACGGUGGUGGCGCUGCAUCCCGGCGCGGUCAACACGCAGCUUUUCCACCCGUUCCGCAAUAGUGGGUGGAUCGGGUGGGCGGUCACGGGGUUCCUCAAAUUCUUUUUGAGCACGGUGGAGGAUGGAGCGAAGAAUCAGGUUUGGGCGGCGACGGCGCCGAGAGAGCAGGUGCAAAGUGAUGGGAAAGGCAAGUGUGCGUAUUUCCUGCCGGUGGGGAAGAGGGUGGGAGAAAGUGGAUGGGCGAAGGAUGAGGAGUUGGCGAGCAAGUUGUGGCAGUGGACGGAGGGGGAGUUGGAGGGGCAGGAGGUCGAUGCUUGA